AUGUUCAAGGACAACCGGACGGAGAGUCCUCACUUCAUUCCACUGGUCUCUCCGUGUCCCCGUCUCUCCGUCUCCCCGUCUCUCCGUCUCUCGGCCUCCCCGUCUCUCGGCCUCGGCCUCCCCGCCUCUCCGUCUCCCCGUCUCUCGGCCUCCCCGCCUCUCGGCGUCCCCGCCUCUCCGUCUCCCCGCCUCUCCGUCUCCCCGCCUCUCCGUCUCCCUGUCUCUCGGUCUCCCCGUCUCUGGUGUUUACCGCCUCACAUCUCUCACAAAAGCCCCCGCAGCUCUGUCAUACACAUUAUUAUUGGUUUAGCGUUGAAGGGAACCCAGCUCUAA